AUGUUCGAGAUCCUCACGUCGGAGCACUCCUACAUGCACAGCCUGAGCGUCCUGGUGACCCGCUUCCUGCGGUCGGAGGAGCUGAAGGACACCAUGACGCAGACGGAGCACCACCACCUCUUCUCCAACAUCGGGGACAUCCUGGCAGUCAGCACCAGCUUCUUUGAAGACUUAGACAAGCGACACCAGGAAAACGUCCUGAUUCCUGACAUCAGUGACAUCGUGGAAGAACACGCCUCGAACCACUUCAGCCCGUACGUCAGCUACUGCUCCAACGAGGUCUACCAGCAGAGGACACUUCAGAAGCUGCUAACCACAAACCCCUUAUUUAAAGAGACCUUGAAACAAAUUGAAAGGAAACCGGAGUGCGGAGGCCUGCCAAUGAUCUCAUUUCUCAUUCUCCCUAUGCAGAGGGUAACGCGGCUGCCUCUGCUGUUAGAUACUGUCUGUCAAAAAACAAAAGCAUGCACGGCGGCGUACGGAGCUGCCACCAGAGCUCUGAAAGCCAUCAGCAAGCUGGUGAAGAACUGCAACGAGGGAGCUCGCGCUAUGGAGCGGACAGAGCAGAUGUACACCCUACAGAAACAGCUGGAAUUUGGAAAGAAGAAGCCUUUCCCGCUGAUUUCUGCUUCCCGCUGGCUGCUGAAGCGGGGAGAGCUGCACCUGCUGCUGUCGGAAGAG